AUGGAGCCCUUCCUCAGAAAGCGGCUGACCUUCCUGUCCUUCUUCUGGGACAAGAUCUGGCCGGUGGGCGCGCCGGACGACGGCAUCCCGGGGCUCCCCGACCCUGAGGCCAGCGCGGAGCCGGAGCCCCCCGCCGCCGAGCCCCGUAGCUCCCCGGAGCCCGCGCAGCUCUUCAGGGCGCUCUACGACUUCACCGCGCGGUGCGCGGAGGAGCUGAGUGUCAGCCGUGGGGACAGGCUCUACGGUCUCAAGGAGGAGGGCGACUACAUCUUUGCCCGUAGGCUAUCUGAUCCACCCAGUGCUGGGCUGGUGCCCAUCACCCACCUGGCCAAGGCCACCCCAGAGACGCUCUCCGACCAGCCCUGGUUUUUCAGCGGCAUCGGCCGCGCCCGGGCCCAGCAGAUGCUCCUGUCUCCAGCCAACGCACCGGGGGCCUUCCUCGUCCGGCCCAGCGAGAGCAGCCGCGGCGACUACUCGCUCUCAGUCCGGGCCCAGGCUGGCGUUCGUCACUACCGCAUCUCCACGGAGGCCGACGGUCUCUACCUGCAGAAGGGCCGGCUCUUCCCCAGCCUGGAGGACCUGCUCACCUACUACAAGGCCAACUGGAAGUUGAUCCACAGCCCGCUGCUGCAGCCCUGCGUGCCCCAGCAGCCCCCCCCGCAGGACGAGUGGGAGCGGCCGCGCUCCGAGUUUGCCCUGCAGAGGAAGCUGGGAGAAGGCUACUUCGGGGAGGUGUGGGAAGGCCUGUGGCUCGGCUCCACGCCCGUGGCGGUCAAGGUCAUCAAGUCAGCCUACAUGCAGCUCGCAGACCUCGCCAAGGAGAUCCAGACCCUCAAGAGCCUGAGGCACGAGCGCCUCAUCCGGCUGCACGCCGUGUGCUCGGCCGGCAAGCCCGUGUACAUCGUCACCGAGCUCAUGCGCAAGGGCAACCUGCAGGCCUUCCUGGGCAGCCCCGAGGGACAGGCCCUGGGCCCGCCUCUCCUCCUGAGCUUUGCCUGCCAGGUGGCCGAGGGCAUGAGCUACCUGGAGGAGAGGCGCAUUGUGCACCGCGACCUGGCCGCCAGGAACGUACUUGUGGGUGAUGACCUGGCGUGCAAGGUGGCUGACUUCGGCCUGGCCCGGCUGCUCAAGGAGGAUGUCUACUCACCAAGCAGCGGCUCCAAGAUCCCUGUCAAGUGGACGGCACCUGAGGCAGCCAACUACCGUGUCUACUCCCAGAAGUCGGACGUCUGGUCCUUCGGAGUCCUGCUCUAUGAGGUCUUCACCUACGGCCAGUGUCCCUAUGAAGGACUGAGCAACCACGAGACCCUGCAGCAGGUCACUCGGGGCUACCGGCUGCCACGCCCGGCGUCCUGCCCGGCCGAGGUCUACGGCCUCAUGCUGGAGUGCUGGAGGAGCGGCCCGGAGGAGCGGCCCGCCUUUGCCGCGCUGCGGGAGGAGCUGAGCGCAGCCCGCCGGCGCCUCCACCCCGCCCUCACGUGACCCGGGGCGCUGGCCGCUCCUCCUGCCCGGCGCCUGGAACCACCUCUGGCUGAGGGCCUCGCGCCCUGACACACUGACCCGCGUGGACGGCAGACACAUGCAGACGGCCACUCAGACAGGAGGGUUCGAUGGCCUGGGCCCUGUGUGAACAGGUUCCGUGCCGAGGGAAAACCUCGACGUAGGAGUCCAGAUGGGGCGCUGCUGGGCGGAGGACCUGGGAGCCUGCCUGUCCGCGCCCCCAGACACCUCCUGUCCCUCCCAGGGUCAAGAGCUGGAGACUGGGCUUCCCAGUGUUCUGCAAGGCCCCCCCCACCCCCCGUGGCUGAUGGCUGGGCCUGUGGGCAGAUCCCUGGCCCCGGCGCACGCGGCGCACCAACGGGAAGGCCGCACACAUGCAGUAAACACACACCGACUGACUCAGAUCCGCACACAGACACGUGUCACCUGCAGGCCUCAGCUCCCAGACCCAGAACAGACCUGGAGCUGAUGGGACGGGCCGCUCGCUGGUUCGCCCGGCAGAGAGAGAGCUGGCCCUCCUGCGGCCCAGGCCCCCAGCCCAGCAUGUCCUGGCCCCUGGACAGGGGACCCGGAGGAAGCACGACCUCUGGGCCACCGGCAGGAGCCUGUGCAGCCGUGGGCACUGUGCAAUAGCCCAUUUUGUCUCGCUGGGGCCGGAAUUGAAGGGAAAGAGGGAGGAGGGACCGGGUCAGGCCAUGGGAAGGUCAGGCCGGCUCUCUCUGGGGGCAGGGAAAGGUCAGGGAGGCAGAGUCUGGUCCUCAGUGGCUCAGGGUCCUGGGUGCUGGCUUGCCCAUGCAGGUCAGGCAGGGGUGGGAGUGGAUGCCAUGGUGUUCAGGCAACUGGGUCACAACGCAGUCUCUGGGGAAGAGGAAGCAAGCGGUUUCCAGGGUGUGACUGCUCCCCCAGCGGUGAUUCCAAGUCACUGUUGAUGUCACUGA